AUGAGCUACGCCAUUGGGUUUAUGUUAGAGAACAAUCGGUUGCUCGUAGAUGGAGAGAGAAAACCAAUGGUGUUAGCUAAGGCAGCCUCCUGUUAUGAAGCGGCGGUGAAUGACGCGGUAGCUGCACCGACACAAAUAAGCAAAGGAGUGGUGGCGAUUGUGAGAAUGGCGAUGUUUAGGAGGUUAUAUAUGGUUACGAGAUCUAGGUCACGGAGAUCAAUUGUUCAGUUGUUCAUCGAAAAGGUUUUUCACCAUUUUCGCAGUAGCAGGAACCUUCUUCUACUUGAUGGUCAAUUCAAAUGUGAGAAGUGGAUCCCGAUGAAGAAGCUGGAGGAUGGAUAUGAUGGUUGA